AUGUCGAACGAGGCACACAAUCAUCUCCACAUGGGUGUGUGCAAUAUGCAAUUCCCUUGCUGUGGCGAUGGUUUUGUCUCAAACGGAGCUGUGGAGCACAACCUUGCGAAAUGGGAAGACUAUCCUGGCGCAUGGUGUCAAGAGACUGAGCCAAGGAGCAAAGCCCUGAAGUGGAACUUGGAUGUUGCAGAGAAGUUGCUACGGGCAGUGCUGCCCGAAGUCGAGCAGCUGAAAGCGGAUAAGAGGCAUCUGUUGGCCAAGAACGAGCUCUCGAUGGCUUUGAACAAAGGGCUGCUCACCAAGUUGCAAGCGUCGCAGCAGGAGGUGGCCCGGCUCCGUGCCAAACUGCACGCCGCCGAGAGGAAGGUGCCUCCUUCGCCCCCGAAGCCGCCCUCCAUUCAGCAUGCAGCGUACCAGAAGGCGAGUCAGAACGAAUCCCCAGAAGCCGGGCAGUCUGCUGAAGAGGCCUCUUCCUUCUCACUGCUGCCGUCAUCGUCUUCCGCCUCAUCGCAUCAAGAGAACGAGGUGGCCAAAUUGAAGUCAGAGCUUGGCAGGCUGGGUACUCAGCUGCGCGAGGUCCAGUCAAGCGAGCAUGACGAGUUCAACCUCGGUUCUGGAUCCUGGGGCAUGGCUUAUCGUGAAGGCUCUCAUGAGACUCGCUGGGUGCUUGCCAUGCUGUUUCGUCUACGCAUCGUGUCCGAAAAGGAGCAGCAAAGCGAGGAUCAAGUUCCAGAGGAGCACAUACAAACGUGCAUCGACAUCGGGCAUGCAAUGCUCACCCUGACAAGCUUCCUUGCACAAUGGAUGGGGGACUAUGACACAGACGACAUGGUGGAAGACAGUCAGCAGGGAUCCUCGGGGAUGAACUGGAGGGAUCAAAGGGUUGAAGGGCCGAACUACGAUGAGAA